GCAUUCAAAAGACUUUUCAUUUUUUGUGUAAUACUCAAAGUUCUUGUUGUUUAUACUUCAUCAUUUAGAAAUACAUAUCUCUUGAGAUAAUGGGUAUCAAAGUGACUCCAUUUAUUCAAGCUAAUCGAAUCCUAAGGAGAUCUUCAACAGGUGUUCCAAAAGGGCAUUGUGCAGUAUAUGUAGGAGAGAGCCAGAAGAAGAGGUUUGUCGUGCCAAUAUCAUACCUGAGCCAGCCUUUAUUUCAAGACUUUUUAGCUCAAGCUGAAGAAGAGUUUGGCUUUGAUCAUCCAAUGGGUGGUCUCACAAAACCUUGCAAGGAAGACGUGUUCAUUGAUCUUACUUCCCGAUUGAGAAAAUUAUGAGUAGUAACAUGGCGCAAAUUCUCUUGCCCAUGAAAUUUUGUAAAGCAAUAGGAUUAGAAAUGAGAAAGACAGAAAGAAUUCCUUGUUUUUCCUUAACCAUUUUGUAUAGAAGUAGUAAACAGGGUUUUUUGUUUGUUUGUAAAGUUGAGUUAAAUUGAUCAACCUCCUGUUAAAUGGAUAUAGCCUUAUUUUGCACAACUUGCUUUUGUUGAACCAAGGGUCUACCAGAAACGGACUCUCUAUACCUGCAGAGGGUCUAUCGGAAACCAACUUACAAACAAUCAUCUAGACACCUCUGAAAUUUGUGUGGCACAUCAACGUCAUGUGUCCAUGAGA